AUGUCUUCCAACAAUGGUGCUUCUGACUCAAACCCUACCGACUCCUUCUCUCUCAUGAACCUUUGUGGGAGAGUCAUCUUUGAUGGUUCAAACUUUAAUGAUUGGAUCAGGAACAUCAGGAUGGUCACGCGUUACGAGGACAAGGAAUAUGUCCUCGACAAGGAGCUGAAAGAAAUUGAUGAGGCUACUGCUACUCCACGGGAGAUCGCUGACUUUAGGGCACAUGAGAGAGAUGCCACCAAGGUGGCAUGUAUCAUGUUGGCCACAAUGACAGUUGAACUCCAGAAGUCCUAUGAGGACUUUUACCCUUUUGAGAUGCACAUGGACCUGAUGGACCGCUACCAUCAGAGUGCUCGUCAAGAGAGGUAUGAAAUCAUCUCUUCCAUGAUAACAACCCGAAUGAAGGAUGGUGAAUCCAUCACGGGCCACAUGCAUAAAAUGCAAAGGUUUGUGGACCGUUUGUUGAAGUUGAAUGUGAACUUCCCUGAGGAGUUGGCUAUUGAUAUCAUACUGCACUCCUUACCUACUUGUUAUGAUCAAUUCCGUAUGACCUAUCACAUGAACAAGGAGGAGGUCACACUCAGCAAGCUUCAAGGACUUUUGAAGACCGUCGAAAGUGGUCUCAAAGGUAAAUCGGUUGUUACUACUCCUACUCCUAACAUCGCCCUUGUUCUGGCAAUCGGGAAAAGUAGAGGGAAGAAGAGGAAGACCCCUUUGAAGGGUACCAAGGGAAAGUCUCUUGAUGGCUCUUCUUUUAGUGGAACCAAAGGUGGUUCUGUCACUCCUUCUUCAAACCCAAAGGAAGUUGAAUACUUCUAUUGUCAUGAUAAGGGGCACUGGAAACGAAACUGCCCCAAGUACCUGCAAGAUGUUAAGGAUGGGAAGGUCAAACCUACCCAUGCAUGGCCUAAGAAGAAUGAGGAUGUGGAGCACGGAAGGAUAAACUUGAUCAUGGGGAAUAGGAAAGCUUCACCUGUCACCAAGAUUGGAGUUUAUUCUUUGUUGCUAAGUAGUGGGUUAGUGUUAAAUUUGAAUAAGUGUUAUUACUCGUCUGAAAUGGCGAGAAAUAUUAUUUCUUUUCACGACAACUUAGGAAAUAAUGUGUUGCAUAUCGAUUCUUCCACUAGUUUGGAUAAGGCAUCAUUGUGGCACUAUCGUCUUGGACAUGUCAACAAGAAGCGCAUAGGCCAACUCCAAAAGGCUGGAGUCAUUUGA